GAUGCCAUCACCUGUCGCGAUGCAGCAGACUGAUGCCAUGCAGAGCGAGAGCGCGCGCGUCUAAAGAUACAGAAUGGAGUCAUUCAACCAAUCCGGGUUGAUGGGACCCAUCCCAGGGGAUUAUAACUCCUCCACUGAAUUGGGAUUUUCAGGAAGUUCCACCCCUUUUGGGAAUUAUUCUGCCAAUAUGUCAGGUCAAAGUAUACCAUUCCAAGGAAGCAGCACCAUGGUUACCGCAGUGAUAUCAUUCACCGUGUUCAUCGUUGGACUUACCGGCAACACCCUAGCUAUUUACGUGGUUUUACGCUACGCCAAGAUGAAAACUAUUACGAACAUCUACAUUUUGAAUCUGGCCAUCGCGGAUGAGCUCUAUAUUUUGGGCCUACCUUUUCUAACGACACAAAACGUACUCUCCUAUUGGCCGUUCGGCUCCUUCCUGUGUCGCGUUGUCAUGACGGCAGACUCUCUAAACCAGUUCACGAGCAUCUUCUGUUUGACUGUGAUGAGCAUCGACCGCUAUCUAGCAGUUGUACAUCCUAUUCGCUCCACUAGAUGGCGCCGGCCACGGGUAGCUAAAGCGGUUAGCGCUGCAGUUUGGGCAUUUUCCUUUGUCGUUGUUCUUCCCGUGGUGAUAUUCUCGGAUGUUCAGGACAUGUUUCAAUUGUGUAAUAUGAUUUGGCCCGAACCACAUGACGUUUGGUCGACGGCAUUUAUCCUCUACACCGCGACGCUCGGAUUCUUUGGCCCCCUGCUGGUCAUCUGCAUGUGCUACCUUCUCAUCGUAGUCAAGGUGAAGUCGUCUGGCGCCCGGGCCGGAUUUACAAAACGCCGGCGUUCAGAACGGAAGGUGACGCGCAUGGUGGUGGUCAUCGUGGUGGUGUUUGUGCUUUGCUGGCUGCCGUUCUACAUCAUCAACAUCGUAAACCUGGUGUUCAUACUCCCGGAGAGCAGCGUCAUGGCUGGGGUAUAUUUUUUUGCCGUCAUCCUGUCGUACGCCAACAGCUGCGCAAAUCCGCUGCUCUACGGGUUUCUGUCCGACAACUUCAAGCAGAGCUUUCGAAAGGUCCUAUGCGUGCGGAAGGCCAAUGGCGUGGAGGAUGGAGAUCCCAGCGUACCGCGAACGGAAAAAACGACGACUCAUGACUCGUUUCUGGCACCUCGGAACAAUGACUUCAAUGGACAUGCUCAGAGCAGCCAGGAUCUGCAGUUAGAGUCAUGCAUGAGCUCAUCCGAGAAGCCACAGUCUCCAAAACCGCACAUCUUUGACCAGUCCACACUCUAAACGCUCAUUUACAUCCUUAUUUCAUCUCCUUUCCUGUGGUCUAUCCUCUCUCAUCUCUUUCAAUCUGUCUGUCUGUUCAUCUGUCCUUCUUUCAUUGGCUUCCUGCGGAAGGUGUGGCCUCAGUCUCAAGCCAUGCCCCCGAAUGUGCCGGUGACUCCGCCCUCACGUGCAGCAGAGCUCAGCCUCCAGCCGGUGCCCUCUGUCGCCACGCCCAGCUCCAGCCGUGACCCGUGACCCUGCCGGGUCGUGAGAGCCAAUGCGAACAAUGCCAGGAUACCUUUGGGUGGAGGAAAACAAAAGAAUGGGAAAAAGGGAUUUUGAAAAAAGAGAGAGGAAUGUUGCUGGAUGGUGGAUCUUUUGAAAACAUAUCCAGGUUUUAUUUCACUCUUAAAUCAAAUGAAAAAAAUACAGUGUAAGGAAGGGAUAAUGGACAGACAAUACUCAUUACCGGAAUGCAUCCGGGUUGAUUUAUUGCCACGAAAAUAAUGUCACACUGCAAAAUAUUGCAAUAGCUUCGUUUUCACUAUGUAAAAUAUAGUUUCAUAUUUCUUUCUUUUGAUUUUUGCGGAAAAAUAUGACCUGAACAUGUUCUCGAAUUUCAGCAUCAGCUUUUUCCUUUCUGCUCCACUGCCAAUAAUACGAAAACAGUAUUAUAUCUACCUUCCAGAGCGGAUGACGGCAAAUAAAUGGAGAACUCUGAAAGGCUGCGCUUCAACUUGGAAAGUCAACAUUCCUGACGUCAUUUGGAAAACAGCAUUGGAACGUCACUUGAUGUCAAACUUCCAACUUAAAAGCUUGUGCAUGAAUCGGCCACUCUUAUUUCAACGUGGUGGCACCACAGAGAUGUCACAGGUCAUGAUAAACAUUCACUCAAAUGUAUAAAUGAGUCAAAGUUCCUACAAUACAUGUAAAUAUCAAACGUUUGCCAAGAUAUGUGUGUAAAUCACGGUAAAUUAUCGUCCCGGUUGCUAAUUGUGCACCUGCUAAAUCUGCAAUGCUUCACAAUUUGUUUGUAUUAUGCCAGGAAACGUCUUUGUUGACAAUUUGACUCCUUCAAACUCAAUGAUAGUGGUGCCAUUUUGCUUCUUUAUACAUCAUCUUCCAAGCGUUGGGCAUUUGAACGCCUUUAUGGUCAAAGGUUGGAAAUAUAAAGGAAUAUCCCACAUCCGACUUUGGAUGCAACGCAGCAGUUGGUGACCCAUGACACACUCAGAGCUCCUUGUCUCUGGGUGGAAACUUCCCUCUUCUCAUCUGGGGACUCGCUGGGACAGAUAGAAUGAAAUGUGAAAGAUUGCUUUUGGAUGUUUGGGCCUCCGGAUCCUCACUGUCUGAAUUCCCCAACAUCCAGGAGCUUGAGAAUUAGGGAUUUGCAGCACUUAAGGGUGUGGUGUUCAAGGGUUUUGGAGUAUAAGGGUCAAGAUUGCUUUUUGUGAUCCGUAUUGAUGUUUAAGCUUUCCCCGACUCUCUGCCAAAUGUAGCAAAGUGCCUUUUCUAGUCACGGAUCAAACUAUCAGCAUUCAUUUCAAAAUACAAGACCUCAAUGGAGGCCUUAGGGACACAACAUGGUCAUUGCAGUUGUUUGAUUUCUUUUGUUGGACUGGUUUCUACUUGUUCACUGGUGGGUCGUUCAGUUUCAUUUUGUAGAUAUUCAUAAGUAAAGUGUACACAUACAUUUUUGGAUAUUUGGAUAGAGGCAAGGGCUGGGUAUCAACAUAGAUUUCCCAAUAUGAUUGUGAUUCACAAGCUUUUUAUUCAAUUCUGAUUCAUUUGCAUGUAUUUCAGUUAUAAUGUCCAUUUUGCUUACACGAGAGGGGAAGCUCGCACACAAUGUGUAGAAAAAUUCUUACAAUUUUUUGUUUAUUGAGAAGCCAAUAUGUGCAAAAAUUGCUCAGUGAAAAGACUAGAUGUUUUCGAUUUACAUCGUCAUCAUCGGGACACUGAUGAGGAUGCAAAUCGAUGGAAAACUGAAACGUUUUGUCUUUGCACGGAGCACUUUUUGGCCUCUCAAUAAACUAAAACAUUUUGAGACUUUUUCUACACAUUGUAUGCAAGCUACCCCUCUCUUUUGGACUAUAGUAUGAUUUUUUUGAGCUUACGCAUUAAAGCUACUUGGAAAUAUAAGCCCUUUCAGUAUUUGGCGCGAACAUCUACAGAUUUUGGACUAUAGUACUGCUUACAUAUGAAGAACAUUAUCUUGGUACAUUACGAAAAUACAUACAAAAAUAACCAAAAUUGAGGUACACUUUAAAGUAAAAGAUUGGUCUUGGGAUUUUAAGAAUCAAGGAGUGCAUUUAAAUGCACAUCCUUACACCGAUUAUGCUUAAUAAGCCAACAAACAUGUGUGGUCAUGUAAACGCAAUAAAUGUAAGCGCAGUGUAGUUCUAGCAGGAAGACUAGCAUCUGUACAUCAACACACAAUUAUCUGGGUAACUCCUAGCCAAUCACAUGUAAGCCGUUGCUUUAUAAGUCUGCUCACAAUCUAUCACAUUGCUGUUUCAGUGUGCUAACACGGCAACCUCCUCCACCCCACCACCACCUGUUGAGUCCGUCCUGCACGGGGGUAGGCUCCUCGCCUCUGCCUCCUAUCUCCGGCAGGAUAUGACGGUUCCAAGUACAAUUUCUUCGGACCACCAGACAGGGCUUAUGCCAAAUAGAGACAUUACAUUUCUGUUUUAUAUUCAUCAAAUAAACGUCAUCUUAAAUUUCUGAUGAGUCUUCUUUAAAAUUCUGUGAGGCUUCCUGAUAGAAACGGCAUUCCUUUAUCGUUGUGUUAAGUCAAAAACGUCAAACCAGUCAAAACGGGUAGAUCUUUGCCCACUACCCCGAGUUCACGUUUCGUGUAAACACAUUUAUCGGUGUUCUUACUGGCUUAUAUCCAAUGUACGCAAGUGUUGUGCGCACAUGCCUAUUCACGGUUGAGAAUAACGUGAUUAUUUCAAAUGUCAUGGAAAUACGGAUUUCUAGCUUUGUUAAAUUUGUAAAUAAGCAGAUUUUUUCAGUGUAUUGGUGUGCAUGAUUUUGUAUUGGUGGGCUCGAGAUCGGGAUCGCUUAAAUCUCAGUUCAUCUGAAAAGUGAAAGGACCAAACUAUGCAGUUCAAUUGCUAUUUAUUUAGCAGAAUUUAGUCAACACAACCAAAAUAGCAGUCAUUUUUAAAGUAAAAGACUGAUCUUGGGAUUGAAAUAAUCGAUAUCUAGAUUGUUCAAAUGAAGAUUGCGAUUAAUCGGAAAAUCUAUUUAAACCCAGCCCUAACAGAACUAAAAUGUACAGUACACUAUCAACAUACUGGAAAAGGAAUUGUGAAACCUUUGCAUGGGUACCGCCACAGGUGAACUAGUUCCAUACAUUACAUGGGAAAACUCUCGUUUAUUAGUAAAUGAUGGAGAAACUUUGUAAGACCGUUUUAAAUGGAAAUGUUUUACAAAUGAAAUCCAGAUGAGAUUGAUUUAACUAUUUAAAAUAUACAUGAAGCUGUUAUAAAUAUGAAUAAAACUAAUUUGAAUACCAUAAAUUAAGUUAUAUGAACAUCAAAGGUUAGUAAACGUUUUUACACCUCUAAAGUUUAGGCUACGUCUACAUUAAUCCGGAUACAUUUGAAAAUGGCGUUUUCGUUUCAAAUCGCUCUCCGUCCACACUGACGUUUUCAAUCGUUUUCCAAAAGUUGCACGUCCACACUGAAACGUAUGAAAACGCUUAAAUCGUGUCACUGCGCAUGCGGGAAAUCCCCGCUGCAUGUACGGUCUGAAACGCAAUUGUCCUCGUGUUCCGUCACCGGACACCAAUUCCGAGUAAACUUCCCUUCGCCUUUGAAGGAACACAAAGGUGAAGGUUGCACAAAGUGACAUUUAUUUUAUCAACGCUAUCAAAGUAAGUAUCAGGCACAACAGCGCCGCUAUAACACGGGCCGCCAUCUUGAUUGUUUUGGUUGGAUAUAUCACAUGACUAAAAAUGCGUCAUCGUUUUAUAAAGCGUCCGUUAUCACAGUCCACGCAAAAAAAAAACAACAAAAAGCGCGAAAACGGCGUUUUCAAAUGUAUUCACUUUGGAUUGCGUUUUCAAAAAGCUCCGUUUUCGCGGACAAAAAGCUCCGUCUCAGUGUGGACUAGCCCUUAAAUGCAUGGAAGUCUUUACAUUUUAGAUAACGUCAGUACGUUAAUAUUGUGAAUUUCCGUUAUUCAAAGUGUACCAAAAUGAAUCACACUUUAUGCACAAAUACUAAUGUGGCGCUUCAUUGUUAAAUGUUUAUAUAUAUAUUAACAUGUGAUGGAUUUACGAUGUUUUUUUUUCAACAUUAUUUUACCAUGUAAUUAUAUUGUAAAGGACUGAUUUUACUCUAGUAUUCUCCGAAGCGCUCAAUCACUGCCAGUGUAAUGGAAAACAUGCCAGCUGUCAUUAUCAUUGUCUUUCUUACGCUGAUAUUUCUAUUAAUGUUUGAUGUGUAAAUUGUCUUAUUUGUCAAAAAUAGAAAAAAAACUGUAAAAACUGUUGAAUGAAUUAAUCUGUCAUGUGCACUUGCUUUGCUGCCACUUUUCCUCACCGUCUCAGAUGGAAGCUUUUAGAAAUGUCUUCAUUGCCUUAGUUAGAGAUCUCCCAGCUGCUGAGUUUGGUAUAUGUUGUGGAUGUGUAUGUUGUCGUGCGUAUUUAGCUGUUCAAAAAAGCUCUAGCGAAUGUACUUUGCUUUAUUAAUCCUAAUUGUGCCUCUGAUAUAUACUGUAGUGUACUUUAAUGGCAUGUUUCAAGCCUGUUUGUUUCAAGCCAGCUUUACAAUACACAAUCAAUACUCUCAGCUUCUUAUUAAACCCAAAGAUUUAUUUAAUUCUAGAUUUGUUGGAACUGGUUUUGGCCUGUAUAGAUUUAACGGAGCCUUCAAACUGUGAAUGACACAUUUACAUAAAGGGUUAGUUCACCCAAAAAGGAAAAUGAUCCCAUAAUUGACUCACCCUCAAGUCAUCCUAGGUGUAUAUGACUUUCUUCUUUCAGCCAAUCACAAUCGGAGUUAUAUUAAAAAUGUCCUGCUCUUCCAAUCUUUAUAAUGGGAGUGAAUGGUACCUUAGAUUUUGAAGCCAAAAAAGCUCAUUCAUCCAUCAAAAAAGUAAUCCAUUCGGCUCCAGGGGGUUUAUAAAGGCCUUCUGAAGCAAAGCGAUGCAUUUGUGUAAGAAAAUAUCCAUCUUUAUAAACUAUAAUCACUGGCAUCCGGUAACAGCCGUCCGCGCGUUCACAAGAGAGUCGAGUUCUGGCGAGAAGUGACGAACGCCUAGGAUGGAUUGAGGGUGAGUAAAUGAUGGGAUUAUUUUCAUUUUUGGGUGAACUAACCCUUUAACAAACCACUCUGUGCUAUAGAGACAAAGAAAAUAUCAUGUUUGUGCACCACUAUUAUUAGAAUUAUCAUUACUUUAAGGAUUACUUUGUAUUUAUCAUGUAUUUGUUUCUGGGUCGUUCUCAGGAAAUGGUGCCAUUUGUGCUUCAAAAUUUCAGGAAUUGUUUCUAUGUAUUUUCUUGAUCAUUUGAUUUGGAGCAGUUUUUCGUAACCACUAUAGACAUUGAUAUAUGUACACUCACAACCACUUUAUUAGGUACACCUGUACACAUACUUAUUCAUACAAUAAUCAGCCAAUCG